AUGGCAACAGAGGCGGUAGCCGAUUCGCACAGCAAUAGAGCAGCAGUUCAAGCCACAAACGACGACGCUUCCGCCAGUAAACUGUCUUGUGUUAAGAAGGGAUACAUGAAAGAUGACUAUAUCCAUUUAUUUGUUAGAAGACCUGUGAGGAGAUCUCCAAUAAUCAACCGCGGCUAUUUUGCACGUUGGGCUGCUCUUCGGAAGCUUCUCUUUCAGUUUCUUGAUUGUGAAUUGAAUAUCGAUGGAAAGUCCGAUUCAAAAAAGCAGAUAUUAUCACUCGGAGCGGGAUUCGAUACCAUGUUUUUUCAGUUACAGGAUGAAGGGAAAACUCCGUUUUUAUAUGUAGAGCUGGAUUUUAAGGAGGUAACUAGUAAAAAGGCAGCAAUUAUUGAAACCAGCAGUCAGUUGAGGGAAAAGCUUGGUUCUACAGCCUCAAUCUCACCAGAGAAGGGAGAAGUGCUCAGUGAUCAUUACAAGCUGCUCCCAGUUGAUUUGCGUGAUAUACAAAAACUAGAUGAUGUCAUAGCAUCGGCUGGUAUGGAUCCCAGCUUGCCAACAUUUAUAAUUGCAGAAUGUGUUUUAAUAUACUUGGAUCCAGAAUCAACCCGUGCUAUAGUUGUCUGGGCUUCGAAAACAUUUUCAACGGCAGCAUUUUUCUUAUAUGAGCAGAUACAUCCGGAUGAUGCUUUUGGGCAGCAAAUGAUCAGAAAUUUGGAGAGUCGAGGUUGUGCACUAUUGGGUAUCUAUGACACACCAACUUUACUUGCAAAGGAAAAACUUUUUCUUGAUCAAGGGUGGCAGUACUUUCUUGUUACAAACAAUGCGAGGUAUCAGAAAGCUGUUGCCUGGGACAUGCUUAGAGUUUAUACUGAUUUUAUCGAUGCUAAAGAAAGGCGCAGGAUCGAACGGUUGGAAUUGUUCGAUGAGUUCGAAGAGUGGCACAUGAUGCAGGCAAGUCAAAUCUUUCAUGAACACUAUUGUGUGGCUUAUGCAAUCAAUGAUGCCAUGGGGUUGCUUGGGAAUUUCGGGUUUACUAAGACCCAGCCAGACUUGAUCAAAUCUCCCUCAGCAGUAGCAUCGGCAUGA